AUGAAGCCACUGCUGCUACUGAGGAAUGCUAUCCCAAGAAUCCCUAUUCCUCUUCCUUCUCUGAAUAGUGCACUAUUCAGUCAUGACCAUUCAUCGAUAAGACACAAAACCAUUCAAAACAACAACAACAAGUCUUCCAUGACAUUGGUACGACAACUCGUCUUCUUCAUAUUCACUCCAUUCAUCAUUGGUUUAUGGAUUUCUCUCAUUUCCACAAUGAUUGGAACUGCACAUGCUCUUUCAACAAGACCCUUUGCUUGGGGCAAUGACAUGUUUGGCACUCUCGGUGUUGAAAUGGGAAUUCGUAGUGCCUCUCCCUCUAAUGUAUUAACACCCAAGAAUAUUGUGAAUCUGACUCUCUCAUAUCAAUAUUUGAAAUUGAGUGAAGGAUCUGGCUAUUAUUCACAAUAUCUGUUAGCUACAACGGAUAUUACAAGUACAUCAUCUUUUGAAUUAUUGGGAAUGGGUGAUGAAAGAUAUCUUCCCUCGUACUCGACACAAAAUGUGAAUUAUCCCAUUCAGGAAAGUCCAGUUCCAUUACAUUUAUAUAAUUCGUUUGGAAAUAUCUUGUAUGUGGUUACAUCUUCAAGAGUGAGUAUUGCUGUAACCAAAGAUGCAGCACAAAAUUACAUCUUGUAUUCUUGGGGAGAUAGUUCGAAUGGAGGACUGGGAGAUGGUGCAUCCACCUUUCGAGGUUACGUGACCAUUCCAGUCCAAGUUCAGAUGCCAACUCCUUGUCGAAAAGGUUUAAAACAAUUGACACAUUAUGAUCAAGCUUUUUUGCUUUGUCAAGACUCUGAAAAGCAAUAUCUCUAUGCAUUUGGUUACAAUAAUUUCAAUCAAAUGGGAGUGGCUGCUGGAGCAAAUUCAACGACUCCAAUUUCUGUGAAUUUGAAUGUAUUUGGAGGAAAAUCCAUUGUCAAAGUUGUAGCAGGACAUCAAUUUAGUGUGGCAUUGACCUCUGAUUCGAGUGUCUAUCUCACUGGCUUACUGUACAUGUGUUUUGAAUAUCCAACGUUUACUCAAUUAACGAAUAUUCCAUUGAGUGCAGGAGAUCAUAUUGUGGAUAUUGUAGUUGCAUCUUCUCAUGUCUUUAUGUUGACUAAUACUUCAAAGAUUAUUCUAUAUGGAAACAAGUAUGAAUAUCUUGGACGUUAUUACACAGGACCACAAACAUGUCCCAGUAUUGUCUUGUCAGAUAUUUAUUAUUUUGGAUCAAAUAUUCGUAAAAUUGCUGGUGCAGGUGAUUUUGCUUUAAUUCUCUCUGACAGUAACAAUAUUUAUGCCAUUGGAGAUAAUCGAUUUGGAAAUCUAGCAACUGGAAAUAAUUCAGACAUUUAUGGUCCCUAUCUCAUCAAUUCUUGGACUCUCUCAGGUUCAGAUCGAAUUACUGAAAUUGCUGUGAGUCAACUCGGAAGUUAUGCUGUCAUUGCUGACAAUGGACCAUUCUGUAACAGAAUUCUCAAUUCCGAUACAUCUGUCUGUUCAGGUAAUGGCAAGUGUAUCACACAAGAUUAUUGUCAAUGUAAGCCAGGUUAUUUCGGAAGAUAUUGUGAAGAAUGGACAUGUUUUGGAAGUCUAAAAUCCUCUUCAAGUGUUUGCUCUUCACAAGGUACUUGUCUUGGAUUGGAUCAAUGCAAUUGUACGAAUGGAUACACUGGAAAUAAGUGUGAAAAUGCACCAUUUGUUCCAUCUCCUUAUACAUGUUAUGGAGAUACUGGAAGUUCCUCAUCGGUUUGUUCAGGACAUGGAAAUUGUGUCGGAAAUGACAAUUGUUCAUGCCAUGCAGGAUAUACUGGCCUUAAAUGUGACAUUCCAAUAUGUUUUGGAAUUUUAGCAAAUCAAAGCAAUGUUUGUUCCAAGCAUGGAAAUUGCACAGCACCUGACACGUGUACUUGUAAAAAUAGUAACUAUUCUGGAACUCAAUGUGAAGUCUAUUCAUGUUAUACCGUGUCCUCAUUGAGUCCUAGUGUAUGCUCUGGACAUGGUCAAUGUCUCUCGUAUAAUCAAUGUAAUUGUUCGUAUGGAUAUACUGGACUGACGUGUUCCUAUUUUACUUGUUAUGGUCGAUUGUCCAACGAUGCAGGAGUAUGUUCUGGAUAUGGAAACUGUAUUGGAAUCGAUCAAUGUAAUUGCACUUCUGGACGUACAGGUUCUCAAUGUGAAUCUGUACAAAUUCCAUCAUGUUUUGGAAUUCCAUCAAAUUCUGCUCUUGCUUGCUCUCGUCAUGGACGAUGUUUCUCCCAAGAUACAUGUUUUUGUGAAACCAAUUAUGGAGGAAAUCAAUGUGAACUCACUUCCUGUUAUGGUUUAUGGUCCAAUGACACCAAGAAUGUCUGUAAUGGAAAAGGUUCAUGCUCGUCUGUGAAUAAUUGUACUUGUCAAACAGGAUACAGUGGAGAUCAAUGUCAAAACACCAUUCUUAAUCCACAACAAAAUGCAGAUGCAGCAGCAGCAGCAACAACAACAGCCAUUGCAGUUGGAGUGACCGUUCCAUUGGUCAUUAUCAUUGUACUUGUGGUGUUGAUUGCUAUUAUUAUGUGUGUCUUGUUUUUCAAAAAGAAAAAGACAAGUCACAAGAAGAAUCCAUCCACAACAGAUCGAAAUGAAAAUUCUCAUGUGGCCAAUACUCAGAGUCAUUUGAUUGAUCUCGAAAUGAAUAUUCAACAAGGUACUACUAGUAGUAGUAGUAGCUCUGAAUUGUUCAACAGCAAUAGUAAUAAUAACCAAAACAACAGUUCGAUCGGUGCUGGUCAACUUGCAACAGAAUCCAAAGCAAUGCAAUCCUCCUCAUCCUCUCAAAUGGCAUUCAUUAUGAAUGAAAAUCUAAAAACCAAUUCUGAAGUUUCAGAUUUUCCUUCAGAAGCCAGUAUGCAUUUCAGCACCAUUACAGGAAAUUAUGGAAUUAUGGAUUCAUUGAAUUCUUCGAAUGGAACUCACACCAAUUCUUCCUCUUCCUCUGUUAUGGAUCCAAUGUCCAGAUAUACUAAUUUAGUUCGAAUUGGAAGAGGUGCUUUUGGAUCUGUUUUUCGAGGAAAUGAUUCGAAAUUGGCAGGUAAACCCAAAGCUCUCAAAGUGGUAAAAUUCAACUCACUUGCUGAAUUGAACACAGCCAUGAAAGAAGGAGCUCAACUUAUGAAUUUGAAUCAUCCUAACAUUCUGAAAGUGAAUGAUUUCUUUGUAGAUAAGGAUCAAGUCCUUUGUAUAGAUAUGGAUUAUUAUGAAAAUGGAGAUUUAUCGAAAUUGACAGCUCCAAACGUAGAAUGUCCUGAAUCAAUUGUGAAACACAUUAUUUAUCAAAUGUGUGAUGCUUUGAAUUUUGUUCACACCAAUCUCAAAAUGAUUCACAGAGAUGUGAAACCAAGUAAUAUAUUUAUUGACAAGAUGAGUCAAGAUCAUGUUCAUGUCAUUCUUGCAGAUUUUGGACUUGCAAGAGCGAAUCAAGGAUCAACCAAUAAUUCCUAUGCUGGAACACCAUUAUUCAUGUCUCCAGAGUUGGGUCUUGGAGGUAAAUAUAGUUUCAACACGGAUGUCUAUUCAUUGGGUGUUGCCAUUUACCAAAUAAUGACCAAGGAUGUUGUUACUUCGAUUAGUCACUUGUAUUUUGAUGAAGAAUGCGACGCCAAAGAAUUCUUGAGAAACAAAUUAAGCGAGCCAGGAAUCUAUUCCAAAGAAUUGAUAGAAAUUGUGGUUAGCAUGUUGGAGAAGAGUAGUUCAAAACGACCCUCAGCCGGAGAUGUGAUCAAGGAUCCUUAUUUCUCAGACAUUCACAAUGUAAUGUAA